CUUCUGCCCCAAAGCAGAGCUCCCAGCAGUAUAAAGCCGGCGCCACCUCCUGUGCCUGGCCGCACUCAACCAACCAGCCGCGCUUGUGUACACUCCACUCGUCCCAGCUAGCCUCUGCUCAUCCAGCUCCUCCACCCAAGGGAUCGACCAGCCAAGAAGCAGAGGCGGCCGUCCAUGGCGGCGCGGCGGGCCCUGUCCGCGGCGGUGGCGGUGGCGCUGCUGGCGGCGUCGGCGUCGGCGGACUCGUGGCUGUACGAGAAGUUCACCACGGACGGCCACGUGCGCGCGGACUACAACGCGCAGGGGCAGCAGGUGACGUCGCUCAUCCUCGACCGGCAGUCCGGCGGCGCCUUCUACUCCCGCCAGAAGUACCUCUACGGCGUCUUCAGCAUCCAGAUGAAGCUCAUCCGCGGCAACUCCGCCGGCACCGUCACGUCCUUCUACCUGACCUCCGGCGACGGCCCCGGGCACGACGAGAUCGACAUGGAGUUCAUGGGCAACUCCACCGGCGAGCCGGUGGUGCUCAACACCAACGUCUGGGCCGCCGGCGACGGCAAGAAGGAGCAGCAGUUCUACCUGUGGUUCGACCCGGCCGCCGACUUCCACACCUACACCAUCAUCUGGAACGAGCAGAACAUCAUCUUCAAGGUGGACGACCUCUUCAUCCGCAGCUUCCGGCGCCACGCCGACCUGCCGUACCCCGGCGGGAAGCCCAUGUCGGUGCACGCCACGCUCUGGGACGGCAGCUUCUGGGCCACGCAGCAGGGGAAGGUGAAGGUGGACUGGGCCGGCGCGCCCUUCGUCGUCUCCUACCGCGGCUACUCCGCCGACGCCUGCACGCCCAACGGCGAGGGGAAGCCGCUCGCCUGCCCCGCCGGCACCGACCGCUGGAUGAGCCGGCAGCUCGACGCCGCCGAGUGGGGCACCGUGGCGUGGGCGAAGCAGAACUACAUGCACUACAACUACUGCGAGGACGGCUGGAGGUUCCCGCAGGGGUUCCCCGCCGAGUGCUCCCGCAACUGAUUGCUUGCUUUGAUGAUCUACCAGUUGCCUGGGCGAUUGUUCUUGAUUGAUCGAUUGGGUUCUGGGAUGAUGGUGAUUCAAAUCCAGUCCUUGGUGUUUCUUCAUUUGUCCUUCCUCGGGUCGAUGGACAGGACUGGACGAUUGUUGGUUGCAUCUACAUCUGCGAUUUCUUGGCUCCCCCCAUGUACAUUUUGCCACCCAUACUGUUCUUGAUUUGGUUCUCUCGUUUCCUUUUUUCUUGCUGUUAUACCGUUGGUUAUUGUCACUGAGACAGAGGGGUUACAGUUACACAGAUAAUAAAGGUGAAUUCUUCGGGUAAA